UUCAUUCAAAGCAUGUGCUAUCCCGACCUAGAACUUAAAAAGAUGCAUCAGCUCUUAAAUUAACCAAUCAAUUUAAUCCAUUGAACAUUUCAUGACAAAAACUCUUGAAUCCAUUGAGCACUCCUGCCCAUCGUUUAAAAAAACGUGAGAAACGCACGCCACGAGGCGCGCCUUGAGGCGAAUCGGAGGUUGAUCGAAUUAGAGGCGCCGCCUCAGUGGUAAGAUUUGAUACACACGCCUCAUACUAGUGAAGCGCAUAGGAAUCGAUUGAGGCGGAACGUUUUCCAUAUGCAUACGCCUUCAAUUUUUCUUUGACUAUUUUGACUUUUUUACGUCGACUUCCUUUUUACUUUUGUUUUAUUGACCGGUUUUAUAAUAAAACUGAAAACUCGUUUCAUUUAUUGAACUAAUCACCUAAUUCGCUCAAUCUAAAUCGCCGCUCAUCUCUUCAUCUCAAAAUCGCAUCUCACCUGAACUUCGUCAGUUGAAUCGGUUCUGCACUUCUUCUUCUUCUGGUCGAUCGAAGGUCUGCUCAUAUUCAAGUGAGGAUGUCCAGUAAAGGUGGAAGGUCGGACCCUGUUUGGGGUCACAGUGAAGAAGUAAUUGUAGAGGCAGAGGGUCAAAAAAAGGCAUACAAAUAUCUAAAAUGUAAGUAUUGUAGCAAAAUCAUUAAGGGAGGGGUUCAGAGAGUGAAACAACAUCUUGCUUGUACACACCAAGAUGUAGAGCCUUGUCCUAAUGUUCCAGAAAUAGUGAAAGAGGAAAUGCUUCAGAUUUUGAAAGCAUUUCAGGCUACUAAAUUAGCUUCUCGAACAACCUUUGAAGAAAAUGUAGCAAGUGGGGCAUACUACAACAGAGGUGGAAGUGUUGAUCCAUCAUUUACAACUGGUAGCUCUAGGGGUGUUAGAGGACCAAUAGAUAGAUGGAUGGUUGGUGGACAGGAGGAUGAAAUAGAUGGUCCAGGACCUAUAAAAAUUACCCCAUCCAAUACUAAAGAGCAUCGAAACCAAGUUUGUUUGGAUAUUGGGAGGUUCUUUUAUGAGAAUGGAAUCCCGUUCAAUGUAUCCAAUAGUCCAUCGUUUACUAAUAUGGUACAUUCUAUUGGAAACUAUGGACGUGGAUUGAAACCCCCUUCAAUGCAUGAGUUAAGAACUUGGAUCCUUCAAGAAGAAGUCAAAACAACAACAACAAUGGUGGAUGACAUUAAAGCAACUUGGAAGACAACAGGGGUGUCCUUGUUAUCAGAUGGUUUGGUCAGACAUGAGAAACCGAAGUUUGAUCAACUUUUUGGUCAACAAUCAAUAUGGAACUGUAUUUUUGAGAACUAUUGAUGCAUGAGAUUGCAUAAAAAAUGCUCAAAAAAUAUUCGAUUUGCUUGAUGAAGUUGUUGAAGAGAUCGGGGAAGAUAUUGUUGUUCAAGUGGUGACCGACAAUGCUAGUGCAUACAAAGCUGCUGGAGCAUUGUUAAUGGAGAAGAGAAAAAAAAAACUUGUAUUGGACCCCGUGUGCAGCUCACUGCAUCGAUUUGAUGCUUGAAAAAAUCGGUGAUUUGACUCAACAUAAAAAUGCUUUGCUUAAAGCAAAAAAGAUUAGCAAUUUCAUCUACAACCAUCAGUGGGUGUUAAGUUUAUCCCGGAAGAUUCUGAAGAAAGAUCUACUUCGACCGGCCGCCACAAGAUUCGCCACGGCUUUUCUGACUAUAAAAAGCAUUUAUGAAUCGAAACAAAACUUACAACAAAUGUUUGUUUCAAACAAAUGGGGGGCAUCUUCUUGGGCUAAGAAACCCGAUGGUAGAGAGAUAAAAAAAAAUUAUGGAUGAAAGAAAUUUUUGGCCUAGUGUGGUUUAUUCCAUGAAAACCACAAUGCCACUUGUUCAAGUUUUAAGGCUCGUUGAUGGGGAGCAAACACCAGCAAUGGGAUUUAUUUACGGGGCGAUGGACGAAUGCAAAGAAAAAAUAGCAAAGAACUUGGAUAACAACCUCGCUUCUUAUAAAGAAAUUUGGGACAUUAUCGAUAAGAAAUGGGAGUUGCAAAUGCAUCGUGAUUUGCACGCUGCUGCCUAUUACUUAAAUCCACAAUAUCGAUGGAGUCCCAAUGUUUCCGAGCAUCCGGAGAUUAAGCGAGGAUUGUAUGAUGUCAUGGAAAGGCUCGUGAAGGAUAGGGCAGUUUAUAUGAAGAUUGAAGAUCAACUCGUUGCUUACAAAGAAAAAAGAGGAUUAUUUGGAUAUAGAGGUUCUUUAUCGACAUAUCUGACACGUCCACCGGUUACAUGGUGGGGUGAAUAUGGAGACGAUGCUCCAGAGCUCAAGUCCUUUGCAAUAAAGGUUUUGGGUCUUACAUAUUCCGCCUCGGCUUGUGAACGUAAUUGGAGUACGUUCAAUCAAGUCCAUACCAAGAGACGCAACCGGUUAAACACCGAAAGAAUGAACAACUUGGUUUACAUCAUGUACAAUAAAAAGUUGAAGCAAAAGUUCAUUAAGAGGACUAAAUUAAAAGAAGAUGACCCCUUAGUUGUUGAUCAUGUAUUGUCGGAUGAUGAGUGGAUAGCCGCCUCAAGUGAUGGUGAGGAAGAUGACAUUGGAGGUGGCGGGAUAUUAGGGGAGGAAGAUGGCGGGGUAAUUGGAAGUGCUAGAGUGGGCAGGGCUAUUGGAAGACCUAGAGGUGGCGGGACAAUUGGGGAAGGGAGUGGAACUAGGAAAAGGAAAAAUGUUCAAGUGAAUUUGAUUGACGAGGAUGACGGGGAUGAAGUGAAUUUGAUUGACGAUGACGAGGGUGACCGGUUUGAAAAUGAUGCGAAUGAUGCUGAUUAUUUUAUUUGAACUUUUCACUAACUUGUGCUUUUUUUUGUGUGUUUCCUAAGUGACUGUUUUUUGGAGUUUUAGACUUUGAUGUUCUAGACUUAUUUUAUGUUUUUGAAUGUGUUUUUUUAUAACUAAUGGAUUUGAUGGUGAAAUUAGCUUAAAAGGA